AUGGAUUUAUUUAUAUACAAUCAUACACUUCGGGUAUUUUUACGAAAACAUUCAUCAAAGGGCUCGAUAUUUUAUCAUGUAUUCGAUCAUCGUAUUUAUUCAUUUACUGAAAUCUGCUUUCUUGGUAUUUACAUUCUUGUACGAUGGAUUGCUCGUGCUGGUCAACGUGAUGCUUCGAAAACAAAGGAUCUCAGUGGACAAAACCAUCUAUUCGCCAAUGCUGCAGGUGGUACUGGAAAGCAAACAGCUCCUCAAUUAGCUAGACUCGUUACACGAGCUACCAAACUUCUUAGCGGUUAUCCAAUCGACUUAAGUGAUUGGCGUGCACUUGGAUUUAGUAUUGAAAAAAUUUUAAAAACUGAAGGAGCGGAAGUAUUUUAUCAUGAAUUAAUAUUUAAUAGCAAAUGCAUAGUUUUUCUUUAUCGCGAUGUCUCCAACACUGCUUUGAUUAACUAUACAGGAGUUACGGCUAGCUCAUACGCACUUGCCAAAGAUGGUUUUGAAAUGCAAAUAGGUGCCGAUCAUUUUGGUCAUUUUUAUUUACCUAAACUACUUAGAUUUAAAUCAUGUGUUGUUAAUGCUUCAUUAUUACCACACCCUCAAGUGGCAAGUAUCAUGUACAUCUGA